CAAACCAACUUCUUUUUUCAAGUCUUAUACACUUUUGCUCAAAGAGUUAAUCCUGAAAAGAUCAGUUCAGAUCAUAAAACUAUGAACGUUUUGCUUUUCGUCAAUAAAAUUUUUUGUGGCUGUAAGCCAAUCAAAAUUAAAUGGAAUGAUCUAGAAUCGAUUUCCAUUUUUGGUAAUGUGCCUGACUGUAUUGGGCAACGAAAAUUUUUUUGGACGGUGACACAAAGGCGGUUCACAAAUUCGAACUUGUUCACGCAAAGCGUCAAUGUCUAUGGGUUUUUUUUCGCCCUCGGUUGCGAAAUCAAUUUGACUUUGGGAGAAAUACCAAGUAAUCGUGCAAAUUAUUAUUAUGAGUGCAAUACCGGGUUCUAUUUAUGGCUUCGCUUGUGGUUCAACCGAAUUAAGCAAGAUACAAAAGAUAUACCUGCUCGUGACGGCGAGUUGCGUUUACGCGAUAGUUGCUAUUUUUCAGAUAGGAUGUUCUUUAUUUCGAAUUCGAGUUGUUCCCAAGAUACUUCCACCGUUCGAUUUUUCAUCGAUACAACCUACGCUUUUGUUAAAAUAUAUGUUGUGGGUCUUCUACCAAUAAUUGCUAUUCGAAAGAUACUCAUACAUGAAUCAGUUCGUAUAAAUACAGCACCAAGCUUAGCCGAAGACUUAAAAAUUUUAUUUAGCAAGAAACGUGCUUAUAUCAUUCCUUUGAUUUAUAUUAUUUCUGCGGUAUCAAUAGGGUCCACUUUUUUUGAUACUAUUAGUAAUGAUCAUGAAAGAAAAAGAGCAUUGCUUUUAUAUCCUGGAGAUAAAGAGUAA